GUGAAAAACCUUCACUAGGCCCUAGAAAAAGAUCUGCUUCCUGCUUUACGUCAUUAGCAGAGAUUUUUCUUGUUCGAAAAAUAAUCGCUUGCUGAGACAGGGAAAACCAUUAUGAUCUUUGAAGGCAGCAAAAAUCAAGGAAAAUGGGUUAAAAAGUAUUUACUGAGAUGAGUGAUCGAAAUGCUAUUGGCUCCAGGCACAUGUCUGACUUUAGUGUGGUUGCUGGUUUUGUUACUGGUAGACUCAACACAGUCAAUGAAAGGACAACCGAUCGAUACCCAUAAACCAAAUUUCAAUCACCCACAUGGGAAUAAAACUUCAGCUAAACAAGUAAAAAAAUCGACGAAGGGCUCUCAAGAUCCUAGAACAAAACGGUCGCCACAGUUUAACCCRGGGUUUAAUGGACUUGGUCGACCAACACAAAUUGGACUUGGACAAUUGGGGUUGUCUCUCAACCCAAGGCUACCUGCUUUAGGUCUACAAGGAACACCAGCUUUUGGACAAUAUCGAAGUUUAAUCCCGCAAACUAACCCACUAAUUGCAAACAACGCUGGCUACAGGCUUCCAUAUAACUACCAACUUGCAAGACUUCUAUCGACUAUCAAUCUACUGAGAGAACGUUCUGAUCUUGCUUCUGCAGUCAACCCAGCCGCAGCAACAGGCUUUGGGCUUUAUAAACCAAAAAGGUUAAAGUAUAAUUCGAUUCCUCUCAAACCUAAUGAUCUAGAUGGAAACGCGCUUUCCUUGCUUCUGGGACGUAAUUCCUUAAACAGCCAACCUGAAAACGACGAUGACGAUGAUGAAGAUUCUGAUAACAAUGGAUUCUGCUCGCCUAACCCAUGUCAUAAUGGUGGUAAGUGCAAGAAUCACCUGUUUGGGUUUAAAUGUUCAUGUGUCAAUGGAUACACUGGAAAACGAUGCGCUGGGAAAAAUCCAUGUCAUCCAAAUCCUUGUGAGUACGACGGGGAGUGCACUAUCUCUGGCACAAGCUUUGAAUGCUCCUGUCCUCCAGGAAGAAAGGGGGAAAAAUGUGAAGUCGAGGAUCGCUGUCACCCCAACCCAUGCAUGAACGGUGGAACAUGUACAGAGCUUAGUGAUGGUCAUGAAUGUACCUGUGUCCAUGGUUACCGAGGACGGAAUUGCGAAGUGCGCAGUGGGAGCUGUUCCACCAACCCCUGUCAAAAUGAUGGCAAUUGCAUUGAGACUCCGUCUGGCUUUGAGUGCAUUUGCAAGGCAGGAUAUUCAGGGACACUUUGUUCAGCUUCGCAAAAUAAGUGUCUCAUGAAUCCAUGCCUGAACGGCGGCAAAUGCUUCCAGACACUGAGUGGGACCGGGUUUCAGUGUGACUGCCCUUCAGGUUACAAAGGAGAUAUAUGUGAAGAUAUGAGUCCAUGUCACUCUGGCACUUGCCAUAAUGGAGGAACCUGCUACGAGACAGACAGCGGUUAUAAAUGCAUCUGUAGACAAGGUUUUGGAGGCAGAAAUUGUGAUGUUCAUCACAGCUGUCAGAUGGAUACUUGUAAGAAUGGAGCCAGGUGUAUCGAACAUGAAAAUGGCUUCAAAUGCGUCUGUUCUUCAGGAUACAGAGGUCUUUAUUGUGAAGAAACGGAUCGAUGCAAGCCAAACCCUUGUCYACACGAUGGAGAAUGCAUUGAGACAGAAAAUAGCUACAAAUGCAAGUGUCAGAAUCAGUUUAAAGGAGCACACUGUGAAGACAUGGAUCUGUGUGCAACAAACCCCUGCAUGAAUGGCGGUCAGUGCUUUGGUUAUGAUGGAGGGUUUAAAUGUAUGUGUCAGCAAGGAUACAAAGGAGACACUUGUCAAGUGAAAAACAGUUGUGAGCCCAACCCUUGUCACAACGAUGGAGAGUGCACACAAGAUGGUGACAAAUUUAAGUGUUCUUGUAGAAGAGGCUACAGUGGCGACCAUUGUGAAUUGGUCGAUAGUUGUUUAUCAAAUCCAUGUCAAAAUGGAGGAAAAUGCAGCAGUCUGGCAGACGGCUUUACAUGUUCAUGCUCACCAGAAUACAAAGGCAAAUACUGUCAUGAAAAAGAGCCCUGUCACCCAAAUCCAUGCGAAAACAAUGGCAAGUGCUUGUCCACCUCUGACGGGUUUAUUUGUCGAUGUUCACUUGGAUUCAAAGGAGAAACAUGCUCAGAGGAAGACGAAUGUCAGCCAAACCCAUGUCAAAAUGGAGGCCGUUGUAUAGGACGUUAUAUCGGUGGAGGAUUCGACUGCGCAUGCUCCGAAGGAUUUAGAGGAACAACAUGUAAAGAGAAAGAUCCGUGUCAUCCAAACCCGUGCAACAAUAACGGUUUCUGUAACGAAAUAGGUGAUGGCAUCACAUGUAACUGUUCACAGGGCUUCAAAGGUUCUACUUGUUCAGAGCUCGACAGAUGCCGUCCUAAUCCAUGUCAUCACGGAGGGAUGUGUACAGAAGUAGUCGGAGGACAAGGGUUUGUAUGUCGAUGUCCACAAAGCUACAAGGGACUGACAUGUGAAGCCAAAGAUCGCUGUCAUCCGAACCCAUGCCUGCAUGAUGGCUACUGUCUAGAGAUAAAUAAUGAUUUGGGCUUCCUUUGUAAUUGUUCGACUGGAUACAGAGGAUCGCAUUGCCAAGAUCAAGAUCCUUGCCAUCCUAACCCAUGCAAUGCAGGCAAGUGCUUGCACACAAGUGAUGGAAGCUUUGCAUGCAACUGCAACAUUGGAUUCAAGGGGUCACACUGCCAAGACAAAGAUCUGUGUCAGCCAAACCCAUGUCAAUUUUCUGACAAGUGUAAACAAACCAGCGCAGACAGCUAUCAAUGUGUAAAGAAUGUCUGCGAUCCUAACCCCUGUCUGCACGGUGGCCGCUGCAUCGAAGUCAAUGACGAUGACUUCCAAUGCGUUUGCUCCAAUGAGUACAAAGGGAAAACCUGCGAUGUAUUGGCUGAAAUGGGGGAAAGUCGUCAUAAAGUACCUGAUAAUAAAAACGUACCAUCGACUAACGAUUUUUGCCAUCCAAACCCAUGUAAAAAUGAUGGGAUUUGUACUUCGCAUGAGACUGGCUUCCAUUGCCAUUGUAAGAACGACUUUACGGGAGCAAGAUGCGAAGAAAAGAAAGAUAUCCUCACAACACAAAACGAUUAUUGUUCACCUUCACCCUGCAAGAACAGUGGAGUCUGUGUCCAAGAGGGCCAGGGAUACAGAUGCGCAUGUAAAGCAGGAUUUACAGGGUUCCACUGUCAAGUCGAUCCCUGUCAAUCAAAUCCCUGUAAUGAUAAUGGCAAGUGCAUAAGAGACAAAAAGGCAGACACUGGAUACAGGUGUCGAUGCCUUCAUGGCUUUGUAGGAAAGAACUGUGAUGAAAACUACUGCCUUCCCAAUCCUUGCAGUAAUAAUGGCAUAUGUGUAUCUAUACCUGACAAGGGUUAUCAGUGCAAGUGUCGUGAUGGUUUUACUGGGGCUCGAUGUGAAAGAAGCCCAUGCAGUCCAAAUCCAUGUAAAAAUGGCGGAACUUGUCUCGUAUUUUACACUGUUUACUUGUGCAAAUGCCCCAAGGAUUACAGAGGAACUCAAUGCGAAGCCUCGCUUGCUAACAGACCUGCUGCUCACGUGGUCGCUGCUCAAGACAUCACUGCAACAAGAAAAGCAGAAACAAGUAAACCUUCAGAUCACGCUCUGCCUUCUUCUCACAUCCUCAAUAAAACAUCUGGAUGCAAACCCGACCCGUGUAAGAACAAUGCUGUGUGCCUUGACACCAUUGAUGGUGGCUAUGAAUGCUUUUGCCGUGGUGACUACUCUGGAUCCAAAUGCGAAGAUAUUGGUGUUUAUACGUAUUCCUCUGCUCCCAAGUUCUUUCCUGGAAAAGGCGAGGAAUGCAAGCACUGUGAUCGUUACGCUCAUUGUGUUGCUGGUCACUGCAUCUGUAAGAAUGGAUAUGUUGGCGAUGGCUUAGACUGCUGGGAGGAAACACUAGAGGACCGGGAAUGGACGUGUGAGGUUAAUCCAUGUCAAAACGGUGGAACCUGUAAACCAGGAAUCUCGAAAUGCGUUUGUAGACUUGGAUACAUUGGCAAAUAUUGUGAAGAGGAUUGUUCUCCUUCGAUUCAUCUCAGCUUUGACAAAGUAUCAGCGAGCACUUUAUUAGAUGAUUCAGGAGAUAGCAACAAUGCCAUGAUCGUGAAUGGGGCGCAGAUUGCUCCUCACAGUGGGAAAUGUGGGAACGCUGUCAAUCUUCUGGGGGGAGAUAUCCUCAUGGAUGGCUCACAUUUCAAACACAUUCCAAGAGAAGGCAUCACCAUAUCCAUCUGGAUCAAACUCGAGACCAAACUUGGUGUGCAGUCCAUUUUUGACACCGUGGGAAGCCAUUCGCGUCAUAAAGAUGGUCAAUACCAUCUGGAGGUGGAUAAUGGUAGAGUGCGCUGGUUCCAUCGGGACGAGAAUCGUCAGACUAUCUUUAGUGUUCUGAGUAAACCAGCUGUGAGUGAAGGACGGUGGACACAGCUUACAGUUACAUACAGCGCUAAUAAGCAGCGUGCAAGGGUGUUUGUUGAUGGUGACAUGAUCACCGAAGAAGGCGGUCAUGGAUUACUCUCUCAAGACUGGUCAGGCAAAGUGGGAAUAGGCAAACAUCAGCAUAUAUUUGGUAAUCGUCUGUUACGAGGCAUGGUGGAUGAAUUCUAUAUUUUCCCAGGAGAAUUACCUCGACUUGAAAUACUUGUACUCAUGCGCCACUGCAAAGUGUACUUCUCAAAUUUUAAGAAUAAGAAACAAAAGGAUACCAAACAAGUACCUCAACUAUCGUUUUCACCAAACGCACCUGUUAUCAAUUCCUAUGCACCACCCAUCGGUGGCAAACCUUUAUCACCAUCAAACCAAGAAGCAAACAACGAUAAAGUAGCCAAUAAUCUUGAGGAAAUUCUCGAUAGUUUCGAAGAGGAUAAGCCUGUCGUUCCACAGCGUUCGGCCUUGAGUCCAAGCUACCAGAUACAGAAACAGCAAAGACCAUUACCAAUGGAAUGGGGAAACCAAAGGCAAUACCAGGGAACCGUUCAGCCCAAUAGAUAUCUUCUCAAUAGAUACCAUGGUUUUGUGCCUUCACAGACACAACCGUUCUUCAAUAGAGGUCGUAAAAUUCCACAAUAUCAAACUGGAGCGAGACAGGAUGCAUUACAAAGACCAGUAGGAAAGCAAACUAUGUUCAACAAUCCGCAGGCAGGAAAUCCUGCACUUAGAAAAGUCAGCGUCAAUAAAGGCUAUAGAUUUGAGCAGUACGGAUCACAAAGACAUCCAGCAUUCAACCAAAUGCAGAUACCAUUAUCGUAUUCAAUUAACCCUCCUCGUCAGGUACCUCAUGGAAGAGCAUCCUCUACGGCCCAAAUGCGCGGCCCCUUGACUUACAUGAACGGGCUUUUGGCUCCCGCGCGACCAGUCCCCGAUACCAACUUUGAAGUUAGUUCCACUAAAACUCGGAUUCCAGUCAACCAAUUGUCUCCCUAUGCCCGCAGAAGACAAUACUUGAGUCAGUAUAAUCCUCCCUCAAGGACAAUGAAAACUGCUACAGGAGUUUUGCACAGCUGGCUUAACAGCGCUACUCCUGACCUCAAUAGAACUCCAUUAAGAUCAUCAGUUUAUCCCAAAAUUAAUUACCCUCAGAAAGGCUGGUACAAAUCAAGCCAAACAGUUCCUCGACAAUCCAUGCAACCAUUUAAUCCACGGGGUUCGACGAAUUAUCUCGCAUACAACCGAAGAUAUCCUAAUUUACGGCCACAACGACCUGCCGCACUCCCAAGACCUGCGCAGUCGUACCGAGGAGCACCAAGUCCAUAUAAGGUAUCGUACACAAACUAUGAUAGAAAAUUKGACGGUAACUAUGCAAAUGACAAACCACAAUCAUCAGUCUACGACUAUACGCACGUAAGAGGCAAUCCAAGGACAAUGAACAAUAGGGAAAAUACUGGAUUGGACAAGAACAGUCUAUCUCUGACCGGACGGCGACCGUCUCUCCAGAAAAACAACAACAAACAAAACUACGCGACCGAUUUACAAGGRUCGCUAGACUCGCUGAAACAGUCCGGCUUGAUUAGAAAAGUCGAUCCUAGUAAAUAUCUGGCUUUCAAACUGACGCCCCAAUUCACAUCAGACCCUAACAAAAUGUACAGCAACGCUCUUGUACAACUGAAUUCACAACUACGACAGCUAAUGGACGACCACACGGUUGACUUCAAGCCCGAACAACUCCAUUUCGUUAUGGGCUUGCUGCAGAAAGGUCUUGAUCAAAUGGAGCAAAGCGUAGAAGGCAAGCAAGGGAAAAUUAUCACAGUACCGACAGUCAAUCCCAAGGGUGUUCCAACAGAUCCCUCAAAGAUCUUACUUUAAUCCAACCACCGAGGUUACCAGGAAAAAUAUACCAAGCAGUAGAAGAAUAAAACUUCACCCACAGACGAAACAGGAACAGGAGGAUGAGAGAGAACUAGCUGAAGCAUUGGCGCUACUUUCUUUGCCAAACAACUGAAUG